AUGCCUGCCGUCAGGGACUCGAUUCGCCAGAUUGAUGACCAAUCUUGGCUAAUUGAGGGGAGCCUGCUACUCUCCCGCAAGCAAGCACCUUCCUCUGGUCUCGCGUCCUGGAGUGAUGGUAAUGGCGAUUUCUUUGUCCUAACCAGCUCUUCCAACCCUCCAUCUGAAACACAGCCGCUCUCCGACACCAGCGAGAUUCAGAAAGUUUAUGAUGCAAGGGAAGGUUCAGCUGUCUGGCGGGUUGGCGAGGCUUUCAUUAAGUUGAAAGAAUUGGUUACUCUCGAUGCAACGAGGGAACAUACCACCUUGCAGUACCUCCGAAACAAGCAGCCGCUUGAUUUCAAUAUCCCAGAGGUCUAUUACUACACCGACCCCGGUAAUCGUUACUUGAUUGCUUUGAGUAAAGUUCCCGGCCGCACUCUGAAUGAAAUAUGGUAUGAGUUGGAGGAAACAAAGCAACAAGAGUGUGUCCGGCGCAUCGCGAAGAUCUGCAUAGAUCUGGCGACUUGGGAGGGUCAGGCUAUUAGUGGGGUUGAUGCCCAAGAUGAGAUGAAUUUCGAUCCCGCUUAUGUUCUCAAGAGCUGUAAAGAGAUUGGGAUGGAUUGUUCGUCUUUUGUUUUCUACCAUGCCGAUCUUGGACCAGGAAAUAUCCUUCUGGAUGAAGUGGAUGGGUCAAUUGAAUGGAUUUGUACCAAAUUUCGCUGCUCAUCUGGCCUAGAUUUGCCACAAAGAGCUGGAAAUGUUGCGACGACGGAUUGGAGGGCUCGUGUUGCCCGGGAGUUAAAUAGACUGGGUUUCAGUGACGCUGUUGAUGACUGGGCAACUUGGUGGGGCCUUUAUUAG